ACGAGCAAGGACGGAACGAAACCGAAGGUUCUCCUCAUCGGUUUCCUCGACACGAAAGAGGCGGAGUACGCCUUCGUCAAAGAUCUACUUGAGGCGAAGGGAUGUGAGGUAGCUAUCAUCGACACAUCUAUCCAGACCGCCCUGACCAAGUACGCGUGUUAUCCCCCCUCCUCGGUCUGCUCCGUCGCCCGCACCACCCUCCCGCAUAUCCGGUCUAUUCCGCGUGCCGAGGCCCUCAAGCUCAUGACCAUCGGCGCCACCCAAAUUGCUCUCUCCUAUGGUGAGCAAGUUCACGGUGUGCUAGGUAUGGGCGGAAGUACGACGACCGCGCUCACGUGCUCUGUGAUGCGCGCGCUACGCGUCGGGCUGCCGAAACUCUGCGUGAGCACGAUGGCGGGCGGAGACGUGCGGAAUUAUGUGGGCGACAGUGAUAUCUGUAUGAUGCCUUCUAUCGCGGACAUCUCGGGCUCCUUGAACGUCAUCUCCGCACGCAUUCUCACCAACGCAGCAUCCGCGCUCGCGGGGAUGGCGCACACCUACAAGGACACAGCUUGCCUCUCGCUAACUUCAGGGGAUGCGAGACACAGGGUGGCGGUCACGAUGUUCGGGCUAACGACUCCGGGAGUGACCGCCGCCUGCGCGCGCCUGCGGGCCUUCACAGACGAGUCCGGCCGGCGCCUCUACGAGCCCGUCGUGUUCCACUGCACGGGCACUGGUGGGCGGACGAUGGAGCGGCUCGUCGAGGAGAAGUGGUUCCAUGCGGUACUGGACCUGACGACGACGGAACUUGCAGACGAGCAGUGUGGUGGGACCCUCUCGGCUGGGCCCACGCGCCUCACCGCACCUGGGAAGGCGGGCAUUCCGCACGUCGUUUCCCUCGGCGCACUGGACGUUUGCGACUUCGGCCCGCGCUCGACAGUCCCGGAGAAGUACACCCAGCGCACGCUGCACGAGCACAACGCCUCCAUCACCGUCCUGCGCACCUCCGCGGAGGAGUGCGCCGCCAUCGGGCGUACGAUGGCUCAGCGCUUAUCUUUCGGCCACAGUCCUUUAGCGGUAGUCAUACCGAAGAAGGGGUGGUCCGGGAUCGACGUCGCGGGCGGACCGUUCUGGGACGAGGACGCAGAUGAGGCUCUUGUGAAGGAGCUGAAGAAGGGGCUGUGGCUGGCGAAUGCGGAGGGAGGGAGGGAGGUGGAAGUGGUUGAGGUGGAUGCGCAUGUGAAUGAUAAAGAGACGGCGUGGGUGAUGGCGGAUAAGCUGCAUGAGUUGGUG